UUUCCUACUUGCAGUAAAAUUGCGGAGGAGAAACCCAAGUCUGUAUUGUAUUCAGAGAAGGCAGUGACAAGUACCUAUGCCCCCAUAGAUAGGAUUGUUGAUCUGAUUAAGAGUUAUGCACAGUUAUAUUCUCAUGUGGGACUGAUACAUUAUGGAAAAUCUUACGAAAACCGAGACCUCUACGCCAUCAAGUUUUCCGUUGGCCCUGGAAAGGACACAAUCAUCGUUGAAGCAGGAAUGCACAGCCGUGAAUGGAUCGCAAUUGCUUCCACCCUAAAAGUCAUUGAAAGUUUUGCAACUAAACGGAACGUCGAUAAGGAAGUCACGGACUUAUUGGAGAAAUAUGAUUGGUUGUUUGUUCCUGUCACAAACCCUGAUGGCUAUCAUAUGACACAUACAAUGGAUAGAAUGUGGCGAAAGAAUACAAGACCACAGGCGGGAGGCUGCAAUGGUACAGACUUGAACAGGAAUUUUGAUGCCUUGUGGGGAGGAGAGGGAGCCAGUCCAAAUCCAUGUCAUCCUACAUACCGGGGCAGCGGAGUUUUCUCAGAACCUGAAUCCCGCUACCUUUCCAGAUUGGUUAGGUCCACCCGAAACAAGAUAGCAUUUUUCUCUGUGCAUGCUUACUCCCAACUUAUACUCACCCCUUUUGGAUGCCAAAGAAAGAAGCCAAGGGACAGUAGUCAUUUGACCCACGUAGCAGAACUAGCCAAACAAGCUAUUUACUAUGAAACUGGAAAACAAUUUGUUGUGGGGACACCACCAGAUAUCCUGUAUCCUGCCACAGGUGGUGCUUAUGACUGGGCAAAAAUGAAAAUGAAUGUCAAGUACGCUUAUGCCUUUGAACUGCGCCCUGAUCCUCACAGCAUGAGGGGUUUCAUCAUGCCAGAAUCCGAAAUACAGCCCAGUUACCGUGAACUUUUCGUUGCCCUCAAGGCUUUUGCGAAGAACUUUGUGAAAUAAAUGAUAAUUUGAUAAUACACAUAAAGAAAGAUUGAAACUGA